AUGGACCAGCUCGAAGAUGAGCUGGAUCUGCGUUACCACAAGGGUUUCGAUCCCGACGUCUACUAUCGUUGUCCAACCCUUGAAUCCCUCACAGGAGCGCUGCGCAACGAAGUGGACAAAAAUGCUUCAAGCUUCAUUCCUACCCAUGUCGUCACUGAGUUUGUCUUUGCACCUGCUUCGACCAUCACAAUACCCGUGACCCAGCAACCAAAUCUUGGUAUUCUGAUAGAGCCAGCCAACCAUCUCCAAAGCAUUGCCGUUGAGCAUGCGCUAUGCAAAGACAUCCAUGGCAAACAACGCCUUCAGGUGCAGCGGGCAAUUGCGAGAUCCAUCAUUGCAACCAUUCAGGAAACAGAUCACUUUACCUACUCUGAGCGCUCAGCUCGGAACAAAGAUGGCGGUGAUGGCGCGAGGUUCAGGUAUGUCUGCUUAGACAGCAUGCAGAACAGAUAUCGCAAAAGCAACAAGAAGAAAGACGUGUCGCAUGACUCUGAUGGAAGUGAUGUUGAGGCUGAGAAAAACGGUAAUGGCGUAUUGCCUACCUAUGACUGCGGGGGAGCAGUACAUAUCAAAUUCUCCCUUAAGCGGGAAGCGAUAAAUGUUGUAUACAAGCAUAACCCUAUACACAUGGCACGCCCAGCCAGCGACGGCCUACUUGCGCCAGCCGUCGAUAACAACGUCGCGCCUCCAGCUGGAAGCGCACAUGAAAAGCCGCCACGAAAAAAGAGACGUAGUAAAGAAGCCGAGGCUGGUGUGGAUAACGAACACCGAAAUACUGAUCCUGGAAUAUCAACAUCUCCAGUAUACCCAAGGCCAUCGGCAAAGAAGCGCAAAAAGGAAGGUGCUGUCGUAUUGUCUAAGCCUAUCCCGACUACAUCCCCCAAGCAAAGCAAAAAGACGAAAUCGCUCACGUCAUCUGCCAGACCUCGAAAGAAUGUUGCUGUUAGCGAAGAAUCAAGGCCAACAUUUCCAGUCCCGGACAAGGCGUGCAUUCGCUGUCGUGAAAAGAAGAUCAAGUGCGACAAGGCGCAGCCCGCUUGCGAUCAAUGUCGGAGAGGUCUCUGGACAUGCCAGUACAGCGUCCUGGCUCCGAAGAAGCAGCGAUCAAAGAACGGGUGUCUUCCCUGCAAGAAGCGAAGACGCAAGUGCACAGAAGAAAAGCCAUCAUGCGUGUAUUGUCUGCGUACAGACAGCGACUGUGACUAUGCGGCUUACUCAUCCAUUCGCUGAAAGUUCCCGACACCAUUGUUACUCGUCCACACGUGAAGUAAAAGCCCCUGGUUACUCCAGAUCCGACGCCAAGUCCGCCGUUAUGGAGACGUAGAGCGGGGAAGAUGCAUACCCAUCAGCCACUUAUUCCACCAUGCAUCGCUAAUUCUGCGCCAAAGUCCACUUCCUAAACCUACACGGAUUUUCAUUCUCCCUCCUGACCGGAAAAUCAGAUGAUGCAGUCUGUCGUGUCAUGUGGAGCUCGUAGCACAGUUUGUUUACCUUACAAACAGUCGGGAUUGACUACAAAAAGAGGUCGCAUGAGCGUGCGCCAAGGCAUACCAGAGGGGCACUUAAGCACUUGAGUAGACGGUCCCUAACAUUUUAUAACACGUGAAUGUCGAAUAGUAUGCUCGUGCCUACACCGAGAGGCUUUGCUAAAAUAUUAAUCGCAAACCACGACGUUCUUCAUAC